UCCCGCCGUGGCAUUUCAGCUGUGAGUGAGUGCACAGCCCCAGCCCUGCCAGAGCCUCUCCUGCUCUGCCCUGAGGGGCUCAAACCACGGCAGGACCCCCAUGGGACCCCCCUGGCCCCGGGGGCUCUGAGCAUCCCCCACGCCCAGAUCUUUGGCUUCAUCCUUUACCAUGAGAGCGGCACAUGGAGCCCAGCCCCGACAAGAUGACCCUGAUGGACAUCAACAAGAUGUUCUCGCUGCUGCAGCCCGGGGAUGACGAGGAGGCCAGCGAGGAGAGCGAGGAGCUGAGCCGGGCGGUGUGCCGGGAUGACCACGAGGCGCUGGCCCGGCUCCUGUCGCAGGACCGCUACCGGCGGCUGAUCAACCGGCGGAGCGGCUGGGGCGUGCCCAGCACCCCGCUGCGCCUGGCGGCGGCUCGGGGCAGCGAGCGGAGCCUGCGGCUGCUGCUGCAGCACGGAGCGCUCGUGGACAGCCUGGACGUGAAGGCGCAGACCCCGCUCUUCGUGGCGGUCAGCAACGGGCACGGCGAGUGCGUGCGGCUGCUGCUGGAGGCGGGCGCCAGCCCCGCGGGCAGCGCCUACAACAACUGCUCGCCGCUGCUGCUGGCGGCCCGCGACGGCCGGGCGGGCAUCGUGCGGCUGCUGCUGGAGCACGGCGCCGAGCCCAACGCGCGGGCCCGCCUGCCCGAGUGGGCGGCCAACACCGCGGCCUGCUCGGGCCCGCUCUAUCUGGCGGCCGCCUACGGGCACCUGGAGUGCUUCCGCCUGCUGCUGCUGCACGGCGCCGACCCCGACUACAACUGCACCGAGCCGGCCGUGCUGGCGCAGAUCCGCGAGCCCAAGACGCUGCUGGAGACGUGCCUGAGGCAUGGCUGCCGCCCCGACUUCAUCCGCCUGCUCAUCGACUUCGGGGCCAACGUGUACCUGCCCGGCGUGCCUCACAGCGACCGGGCCGGCCCGCGCAGCGAGGGGCUGGAGCUGCUGCUGCACGCCAGAGCUCAUCCCAAAUCUCUGCUGUCCCAGUCCCGGCUGGCCAUGAGGCGCCUCCUGAAGCAGCCUGGCCACUCGGCUGCCCUUAGAGAGCUGGAGAUCCCCACAGCCCUGGCCAAGUACCUGCAGCACCAGCCGUGAUGCCAGCCUGCCCAGGGACACCACUGAGCACGCCAGUGAAAACCUGCUCCACCCUGGUAGUGAAUCCCUGAGAUCUGUGGAACCUCUGGGAAUUUGGGGUCACAGGUUCAUUUUUGCUGCCAGGUGUCUCCAGAAGGCUGUGCCCAUGUGGAGAGGUGGGAAGGGAAGAGAAGGAGGAGAGAGAACAGGAGGUCUCAGCUCUGGUUUGCUGCAGAGCAAGGAUAGAGCAGGAUCUGUUCCUCUAGGUUUGCUUCAGACUGUCUGUACUGAGUGAUUUUACACCUUUAGCUGAUUUUGGUUGGAGAAGGGGCUGGGAAAGAGUGUGGAGGAAUUCUUGGCUGUGAGGAUGAGAAUUGUUCCCUGGCAGGGUGGGCAGGCCCUGGCACAGGUGGCUGCCCCUGGAUCCCUGGCAGUGCCCAAGGCCAGGCUGGACACUGGGGUUUGGAGCAGCCUGGGACAGUGGGAGGUGUCCCUGCCGUGGCAGGGGUGGCACUGGGUGGGCUUUGAGGUCCCUCCUGAUUCCAGGAUUCCCAGAGAAGUUCCCAAGUGCCUCCUCCAGUUGGGAGGGGCAGGAUUGGGGCUGGCCCUGGCCGUGUGUGCCCACCCCAGCGGGGGCAGAGCCCAGAACUCCCAGCUGGCAGCACAGGAGGGGCUGGGAGAGUCCCAGCUCUGACCCUAAACAUCAUCUUCUCAGCCCAAAAGUGCUUCCUGUUGGGGCUGAGGGUCUCUCGUGGUUGGGCAGGGCUGGGGUUUGGAUUAAAGUGUUCUGUUCUUGGUAUGAA